AUGGCGGGCGGGCCGGCCGGGCCCGCGGCGCUGCUGGCGCUGCUGGCGCUGCGGGCGCUGGGGGCGGCGGGGCACCCGCAGUGCCUGGACUUCAGGCCGCCCUUCCGGCCGCCGCAGCCGCUGCGCUUCUGCGCGCAGUACUCGGCCUUCGGCUGCUGCGCCCCCGAGCAGGACGCGGCGCUGGCCCGCCGCUUCGCAGCGCUGGCUGCGCGCGUGGACGCCGCCGAGUGGGCCGCGUGCGCCGGCUACGCGCUCGACCUGCUGUGCCAGGAGUGCUCGCCCUACGCCGCGCACCUGUACGACGCCGAGGACCCGGCCACGCCGCUGCGCACGGUGCCCGGGCUCUGCGAGGACUACUGCCGCGACCUGUGGCAGACGUGCCGGGGCCUGUUCCGCCACCUGUCGCCCGACCGCGAGCUCUGGGCCCUGGAGGGCAACCGCGCCAAGUUCUGCCGCCACCUGUCGCUGGACGACGCCGACUACUGCUUCCCGCGCCUGCUGGUCAACGAGAACCUCAACUCGGACCUGGGCCGCGUGCGCGCCGACGCGCGGGGCUGCCUGCAGCUGUGCCUGGAGGAGGCGGCCAACGGGCUGCGCAACCCCGUGGCCAUGGUGCACGCGCGCGACGGCACCCACCGCUUCUUCGUGGCCGAGCAGGUGGGGCUGGUGUGGGCCUACCUGCCCGACCGCUCGCGGCUGGAGCGGCCCUUCCUGAACAUCAGCCGCGCGGUGCUCACGUCGCCCUGGGAGGGCGACGAGCGCGGCUUCCUGGGCAUGGCCCUGCACCCCGGCUUCCGGCUCAACGGCAAGCUCUACGUCUACUACUCGGUGGGGGUCGGCUUCGACGAGUGGAUCCGCAUCAGCGAGUUCAGGGUCUCCGCGGACGACGUGAACACCGUGGACCACAGCUCCGAGAGGAUAAUCCUGGAGAUUGAAGAGCCAGCCUCCAACCACAAUGGAGGCCAGCUGCUGUUUGGAGACGACGGGUACCUCUACAUCUUCACUGGUGACGGCGGGAUGGCCGGAGACCCCUUUGGAAAAUUUGGAAAUGCCCAAAACAAGUCGGCGCUGCUGGGCAAGGUGCUGCGCAUCGACGUGGACCGCAACGAGCGCGGCCCGCUCUACCGCAUCCCGCGCGACAACCCGUUCGUGGGCGACCCCGCCGCGCGGCCCGAGGUCUACGCGCUGGGCGUGCGCAACAUGUGGCGCUGCUCGUUCGACCGCGGCGACCCCGCCACCGGCGCCGGCCGCGGGCGGCUCUUCUGCGGAGACGUGGGCCAGAACAAGUUCGAGGAGGUGGACCUGGUGGAGCGCGGCCGCAACUACGGCUGGCGCGCGCGCGAAGGAUUCGAGUGCUACGACCGCAAGCUGUGCGCCAACGCCUCCCUCGAUGAUGUGCUGCCGAUAUUCGCCUACCCGCACAAACUGGGCAAAUCGGUCACGGGAGGCUAUGUGUACCGGGGCUGUGAGUACCCCAACCUGAACGGCCUCUACAUUUUCGGCGAUUUUAUGAGUGGGCGUCUGAUGUCCCUCCGAGAGAACCUGGAGACGGGCCAGUGGCACUACAGCGAGAUCUGCAUGGGUCGCGGCCAGACCUGCGCGUUCCCAGGCCUCAUUAACAAUUACCACCCACAUAUCAUCUCCUUUGCAGAGGAUGAGGCCGGGGAGCUGUACUUCAUGUCAACAGGCGUGCCAAGCGCCGCAGCGGCCGCUGGGGUUGUCUACAAAGUGAUUGAUCCCUCCAGACGGGCACCACCCGGCACGUGCCAGACCCAGCCCACCCAGGUGAAGGUGAGGAGCCGCCUCAUCCGUUUCGUGCCCAAAGAAAAGUUCAUCCAGAGGGCGGAGAGCACCCCACGGCCCACGGCGUGCGCACCCACCAAGGCGCCCCGCCGCAGCCGCCCCACAGCCGCUGCGCCCGCGCCCACCCCGCGGCCCGCACGGCCCACUCGGCGGCCGGGGGGCCGGAGGGGUGGCGGGAGGCGGCGGGGGCGCCCGGGCGCGGCGGAGUCUGCGCCCUCGAAUGGCGCCGUGCGCCUGGUGCGGCCCGCGGGCCUGAGUCCCGGCCGCGGGCGCGUGGAGGUGUUCGCGGGUGGGCGCUGGGGCACCGUGUGCGACGACGCCUGGGACUCCAAGGCCGCCGCCGUCGUGUGCCGCCAGCUGGGCUUCGCGCACGCCGUGCGGGCCGCCAAGCGCGCGGAGUUCGGCGAGGGCCGCACGCUGCCCAUCCUCCUGGACGACGUGCGCUGUGCGGGCAACGAGCGCAGCCUGCUGGAGUGCGCGCACGCCGGCGUGGGCACGCACAACUGCGGGCACCAGGAGGACGCGGGCGUCGUGUGCAGCCGCGAGGACCCUGACCUGUAGGCGAGCUCCGGCCGGCCGGCCAGGCCAGCUCCGUCCCGCUGGGCCUGGCGGGGCCCCGCCACCCCGGGCGCCCCGGCUGCCUGCCCGAGUCUGAAGGCGGAGGGCGCCCAUCUGCAACACCUGUGGACGCUUGUGAGGUGUGUGCAGUGCUCGGGUGCUAUGUCCCUGCCCGCGUGUCUUCUGCAGACCGGCAGCCACGGCGUGUUGGGGUCUCUGUGCUCAUGGGCCCGGGUGUUCUUUUCUUACUCCCAGACAUCUCAGGCAUGUGCAGGAACACAGUCCGGCCAUGGACCCUGAGCACUGAGGGCUACCACCCUUCUAGGGCAGACAUGGCUUUGGCCGCAUUAACAGAGGCACAGCAGGCAGAUUGAGGGAGGGGGCCAGGUCUGUCCUGCCCAGGGCUGGAGUGGCAGGCCCGGGACCACCUGGAGCACGGCCUCAGAACCCAGGGCCGGCAGUCACAGGCGCAGAAGUGAACAGGAGGGCAUCCAGUGGGGCAAAGGGAAACUGUCAGACGGAUGGGUCCUCGUGACCCGUGGGCCCUGGCAUCUGGGUAAGGAUCAGGCUGCUUAGGGGGAGGUGAGCUCUGGGGAGGGGGUACUGGAUGACCUGGGGGAAGCCUUCUGGUCACCUUGGGCUUCAUUGUCAUGCUGGGUCUAUGUGGCUGCUCUGGGGACAGUGCUGGGCCCCCGGCCCUGAGACCUGACUCUCUCAUGGUCGCUGGGACAGAGGCCACCACCCUCCGGCCACUCUCAGCACCAUGGCCCCCAGAGAGUGACUGAGGUGCCAGGUUUCUCCACUUUAAAGGCCAUCCUGGGGGCACUGGAGCCGCUUCGGUCACCUCCAUCCUCACGCUGGUCAGUGAAAUCGCAGGGACCCUCUGGCUCCUCCAGCUGCCCCCCCCCCCCCAGGAGUCUAGAAAGACUCCUGGUGCUCUGUCACUCGAAGCUGUGCCAAUAACGUCACUGUUUACAACCCCCUUCCUGCCUCUUUCUGACUAUGCUGCCUGGGAGCUGGAGGUAGGGGUGGGGGGGUGGGGCUAGACCUACAGCCUCCCUCCUGCUCACAGGUGGAAGUUCCUUUGCCCAUUAAGGGUCUCCACCCUGGCUCCCUGACAGGCCCAUCAAGGCUUGUUGAGUAGGGCACAGCCCCUGGUAGAGAGGGCAGCCACACGGUCACUGGGCAGUGAGGACAAGGUAGAGCCCGUGUCAGGGCCUCUCAGGGCUCUGGGUGGGUCAUCCCAGCCCAACCCAUCCAUCCAUCAUCCUGAGAGGUGAGCCGGCCCCAGGGGUGUGUGCCCAGCAGAGGAAACAGUACAGGCAUGUCUGGAGUGCAUCGCCUGGCUGCUCACUGAGGCUGAGUGCGGAGGAGGGGACGGCAUAGAAAAGCUCGGGGCCACCUCUGGGACUCCUCGUACCUCUGCCUUGGGUGGGCUUGCCUGGCCCUGUGGAGCCCCACCCGGAAACCAUAGCCCCUGCCACUGAGUGUGGCUCGCGUGCGGGGCACCAGUGUGCCCACAGCAUGCAGGAACUCAUUUGAGUCUUUGAAUGGCACUCUUCUCAUCCCCCUUUUACAGAUGGGGAAACUGAGGUGCACAGCCAGGGAGGGGAGAAGCCAGCUGAGAACAUGCACAGCCUAGCUCUCGCACCACCCCAUACCCUAACCAUUGUACCCCAGUGCUGCUAUGCAGGAGAGAUGUGGCUUGGCCCAAGGGUGUUCCCCCCCACUGGGGGGUCGCCAGCCUGUCUGGGAAGCAGCUGAUGGAGACCCCCCCCCCCCCCACUGCCCAGCGGUGGCGGACAGGCAUCUUUCCCAGUCGUGGGGACAUUCCGAACAGUGCUAGGAGCUGGGAGGGCCCAUGGGGACUAUUCAGGGUGAACUCACGGUGCACAUGGAGGAAGGAGCCUGGGGGCUGAGAGUCCUAGGCCUGUCCCAGAUGUGGCUGAGCUGACACUAGAGCCCAGGGAAGCUUGGGGCCCCUCAGAGCACGGUAGCCCCAUGGCCUUACCCAGUGGGACAACCAGAGCUGUUUGUCCCCCUGAGCCUGGAAUUAGGGGAGGUCAAAGCAGCCUCUUCCUGGGACUCCUCCAUACUCUUCCCUGCCCUUCCCUGCCCUGUUGAGCCCCCUUUUCAUUUCAAGACCUGCAGGCCAUGAUGCCACCAGGUGUGGCCUGGGAAGCAGGUGGAGGGGGAGGUGAUGAGGGGGAUCUUCCGUGGAGCCUCGGCAGUGAUAGCCUGAAGCCACCGUCGGGGGCUCCUGGUACCUUCUCUCAAGUGGUGGAGCGGUCCAGCCCUCAACUGGGCCCUGAGUGUCACUGUUGUUUGUGGGACAACUGGGCGCAGUCCCAGGCCCUUCUGCUCCUCUGGAUGGGGUCCUGCCCCCCCUGGUCCCCCAUCUCGUGACCCCUUGGGCUCGAAACAAGGCUUAGGCUUCAGCCUGACUCCUGGACAAGGAGGCUGACACAGGCUCACUGCUCCUUCAGUAAUAUGGGUGCAUAGCUGACAUUCUGACAUUCGCUGAGCACGUAUCAUGGUCACCCUUCAUUGUACAGAUAAACCAAGGCCCAGGGAGGCUUUGUUACCAGGCAGUAGGGCUCUGGGGGGCUGUCAUACCACUGCCUAAAGAACAUGGAGUUCAGUGUCUCCCCCACCUCCCAUUGGCCCCUCACAUCGUGCAGAUGGGGACACAAGCCCAGAGGGAGGCAGAGCCGGGUUCAGACUCCCUGUCCAGUGCUCCUUUGACUCCACUGCCUAUAGCUGGCUGCGGAGGGAGCAUGCACAAGUGACUCUGUCCCCAGGGACUCGGAGUCCUCCAGGUCUUGGGGGUAGGGGCUGACCCAGGGGUCAAGGCUCCCUCUGCUCCCCCUCAGCCUUCGCCAUCACCCCCUCUAACUGGGCUUCUGGUCAAAGGUUAGAGCAAUCUCUCAGAACCUGGCCCAGAGAGGGGCUGCCGCCACCCAGUGUCACACAGCUUAGUUCUCGAGUCCCCCGAGCCCAAUGCUACAGGGACGUUCCAGGUGUGCUCGUGCACCCCUGAUGGGGCCUCGAUUGUUCCUUGUUUACCUGCAUCCCUCUAACAAGCCCGAGCCAGGCCAGGGCCUUCAUCCCAUGUUCAGAGGACAGCCACUUCAGACCCACGUCUCCCUCAACGAUUUCUGCUGGGAAGCCACUUCCUGUCUGGCAUUGUCAAAGUUGAGCAGAAACACUGCAGGGUGGGUAAAACACAAGUGGCUGGGGCCCUAUCAGAGUUUUUGACUCCGUAAAUCGCAGUGGGGCUGAGAAUUUGCACUGUGUCCCCGGGUGAUGCUGCUGCUGCUGGCUUAGAGGCCACGCGUGGAGAACCCCCGUCCAUACCAGGGCUGUCCACUACUAUGGAAGCACAGAAGUAACUUAAAAUUUUCUAGGAGCCACGUUAAAAAAGUAAAAUGAAAUCGGUGAAUUUUAAUAUAUUUUCCUUAACGCAGCAUAUUCAAAAAUGAC